UUUUUUGAGACAAACGCUGCUACUACUGUAGAUUGCAGUUGUAGCUAGGGAGGGACCUUGUUUGCCCACUUUGCUGUGGCCUCUAAAUGAGCCCUGCAGGAGGGGGGCUAGCCGGUGUCUCCUCAUCAUAAGCCAAGAGACGCUGCCAUUCUAGUCUAGCUUGAGGCGACGGGGAAAUGGCUGCGGCGACGGCGAUGGCCAUGCUGGCGGCGCUGGCGAUCCUCGUCCUCAUGCCGUCGGCGCGAGGGCUCGGCCGCGCCGAGUUCCCGCCGGGGUUCCUCUUCGGCGUCGCGACGUCUGCUUACCAGAUCGAGGGCGCGUACCUGGAGGACGGCAAGGGCCUCAGCAACUGGGAUUUCUUCACCCACACAAACUGUAAGUCAUCUUCUCGGUUUUCUGGAGCUUCCAUGUCCUUGCGUGAUCCAUGGCAGUACCAUGUGUGUGGGUGUCGGUGUUCUUUUUUUUUUUUAGGAUUGUGUGAUCCAUGUUGCUUAGGGGGAUAAAGAUGAAAAUGAGUGGUUCCCUUCCACCCUGCUGUACGAAACAGAGACAGCGAUAGCUACCCGCAUCCACACUCUGUGCGUGGCCAAAUUCAAAUCGCCAUAACGAGAACCAAUCAGUAUAGUUGGAUGAUGGUACCCUCAAUCUAUCAGAGAUCAAAUCAUAGAUUUAACGUUUUGCCGUCCCAUUAAUGCGGAUUAUUAUUUUGAUGGGAUGAUAGUAGAUGUGAGUGGUGAUUUCGUUGAUCUUAAAGCUCCACAAUUUUGGUCCGAUCUUCAGCAGGCAUUGUGUGAGUGCGCGCGUGUGUGCAUGUACACGUCGUCGUAAUCAGUGUAUUAAAAAAUUCACAGUGCACUUUGGCAUCGUUGUCAAAUUUUCUAUUUGUCGUUCACGCAAUUCUUUUUUCCUAUUCGUCUCCACUCUAGUCAUUUGAAACACUGGAUGCAACAUGGGUCUGAUUGUGACACGAAUUAAUUUAUUUUGAAAAGAGAAAAAGACAAUCGUUGAGCGAUGCGCACUGCCAUACCCAUAUUUUUUAAUUUGGUAAUAGGGUGUGGUUGUUGAGCAAUGUGUGUGUGGUGCCAAAUCCUAUAAGAGUGGGGCCUAUAUAUAUCUGAGAAUAAACAAACAUUAAAUUUAGGUGCCAUGCGCGGUUUUCUCGUCUCUCUCAACCUCUUCUCCUCGGAAGCGUGCGCGCCAAGCUGCACCUCCGCCUCAUUUUUUUAAUUCUUCAGUUGAUUUGGUAUCGGAGCAGCUACGUGCUUCGGUUCUCAUAAAUUUGGCUUUGGCAAUGACCCCACAAUGUGUCGGCACUGGUUCCAUGGCCCAAAAGCGAAUUGGCAUACACUGUGGUUCCCCGACGUAAAUAGCAAUUCAGCGAAUCACGUUCGGCUUCGUCAAAGUUGGAUUGGAUGUUCUAUUAAUUUACCAUGUAUGUAGCCAGAUUACUUUAGUGUUAGCAAAUUAUCAGCAGGAUAGAGACAUAAACCAUUUCCUAUUACCUUACACUGGAGUCCAAAACAGUUCAUCUUUAAAGAUUCAGUU